AUGGCUGAGAGUAGGCUCUGGACUCCGGACCUAGGGGCUCAGCUGGGGGUGUCCAGUUGUCUGAAAAAAUGCCGGAAGAGCUCGCCAGAUGCUAGGAGGCAGCAGCCCUUUUCUGGAAAGUCCUUUUACCUGGAUCUGCCUGUUGGCAAGACUCUCCAGUUUCUGACGGAGGCAAUCCAGCAGCUGGGCGGGGUCAUUGAGGGUUUUCUGAGCAAAGAAGUAAGCUACAUCGUGUCCAGCCGCAGGGAGGCGAAGGCAGAGAGCAGUAGGACGGGCCCCAGGAGCUGCUCCAGCUCCAGCCCCGGCGAGGUCAGAGUGGAAACACCGUCCAUGGCCGAUGCAAAGGGCAGCCGCCCCAGGCCUCCACAGAAACCCGUAGACUUGGUUCCUCUGAGCAGAGGGAAGGAGCUACUGCAGAAGGCCAUCAGAAAUCAGGGGAGCAGCAGCGGAGGCGGCAGUGGGAGUCCCAGCAGCCUCCUGACCAACGCCCGCUCCUGGGGCGUGAAGAUUCUGCAUGUGGACGACAUGGUGAUGCAGGUGCAGCAGCUCUCUCUGGACGCCGUGUGUGUGAAGAAACAAGGGCCUUGGAAGCCAGAGGGAACGUGUCCCGCAGCGUCAAGAACACGGAAAGUGGCCACACUGAAGGCACCGUUCCUCAAAAUCGAAGAUGAGAGCAGGAAGUUUCGUCCUUUCCACCAUCAGUUUAAAUCCUUUCCUGAACUUUCUUUUCUGGGACCCAGAGAUGCAAGUCCCUUUGAGGCCCUGACGCUCCCGGGCAGCUCGCGCCAUCCCAGAGGACGCAAGGACCGAGAGCCGCGCCUCCGCUCGGCCGCCCGCACCGCGCCCAGGAGGAAGAGGGGUUACUGCGAGUGCUGCCAGCAGGCCUUUGAGGAACUCCAUGGGCACCUCCAGAGCGCGCGGCACCAGGCCUUUGCCCUGGAAGCCCACCCGUACGCAGAAGUCGAUCGGAUCAUCGCCCAGCUCAGCCACAGCUUUGCAGAGAUCCCCUCCCCCGCCAGCCUCCCCAGGCAUCCAGGCUCCCCGGCUUCGGAUCGUGACCCUCUGUCUCCUGAGACUGCACCUCCCGGCCAGCCCCCCUGUGGCCGGGCAGCAUCUCCCAGGAGGAGGAAGGAGGACGACCACCCGGCCCCUGGCAUCCACCAGCAGGAUGGGCUGGCGGGCGGCGGGGAGUCACCAGCGGAACGCAUGGGGGCUGGUGAGACGCUCGGACCAGGAGCGAGCUGCCAGGAGCUGGGGGGCUCAGUUGAUGUUGCUAUGGACCCCCCAGGGGCAGUGCUGUCCAGAAGCCCCACUUCUCGCUGCCUCCUGACCAGCUCUGACUUUGCCGACCUCUCCUCUGGCCCAGACCCGGCACACGUCGGCCACAAGCGGAAGGUUCGGUUCCCCAGUGGCAAUGCCGGGAAGAGGCCAGGGGUCUCCUGGCCACAAGCCUCCCUCUCUGUCUCCGGAGCCCUCAGCCCCUGUGGCACCGGGACCACCGAUGGCAGACAUCUCUUCUCCCUGUCCCUCCCAGGCCCCGAGUCCAGGCCUCUGACCUCCCCCCUGCCCUUGUGCUACCCACAGACCAGCCUCUCCCUCCCAGACCCCUUCCCCUGGCGGCCCUCAGACAGGCCAGCAGAGCUGUGGGCCACACAGCCCCCCUGGCCUGGAGGAGGAGACUCCCCGGGAUCUGAGGGCUCUGAGUGUCCAGCCCCCGGCCCCAGCCCUCAGCAGACUGACCAGCUUCCCAGCUGCUCGGCAGCUCCGGGCCUGCUGUCCGCCCACCUGCACUCAGCCGCAGGCACGUAA